AGCAUUAAAAUUUAUUAUGGCUUUAAUGUCUUCCAGUUCUAUUCCUUUAAGUACUUCAGAGUUUGUUAAGAACUGUUCACAAAACCUUAUUGAAGACAUACUUAGUUAUUUACUAGGUAAAACAGUUUCAGUAUUGGAAACAUGUAGGUGUGAGAAGCAUUUAAUAGACAACUUAACAGAAGAGUUUAACAGAUGGAAAACACCUUUUAGUGGGAUUAACUCACAACAUCGAAUAUUAUCAUAUUUGAAAAAUGAAGGCCGGUACGUUGAACCAGUACCACAUUAAAUGGGUGAACAAUGGGAUACAAAACGUGACAGAAAGACUAAAAAGCAAAUACAAGUCAAAGUAAAAGAUUUGUUUUAUUACAUAUCUAUUGAAAGCACAAUAAAGCUUGUGUUGUUACACCCUGACACCAUGUAUAUGUUAAAAGUGGAGCAAAUAUCUAAUUUUAAAUUUGUCAAAGAUUGGUUUUGUGGUAAAAAUGGUAAAAAGUUAAAGGCAUAUGCCAAAUUUAAAUUUCAUAAAAGUUUCCCUUUGUUUAUUCAAAUAUACUUCGAUGAAGUAGAGACUGCAAAUCCUCUUGGAUCAAAAACAGGCAUUCAUAAACUUGGUGCCUUUUAUUUUGCGAUAAAAAACUUUCCUCAUGCAGCAAACUCAUCCUUGAACAACAUUCAUAUGUUAGUAUUAACUCACGCAAUAGACAUAAAGAAAUAUUCAGCAGAGCCAGUCAUAAAAGUGAUUGUAAAUGAAUUGCAAAAACUUCACAACAAAGGAUUUGAUAUUUAUAUUGAAGGCAAAAAAACUAACUUUAGAUGUUUUCUAACCCAAGUUGUUGGAGACAAUUUAGGCCUGCACUCUAUGCUAGGAUAUAUGGAAAAUUUCAGUACUGUUUCAUUUCCAUGUGACAUGUGUAUGAUAUCAAAAGUUGACAUCCAACAUGUCUUUAAAGAAGACAAACAAGCUCUAAGAACAGAUUUUUUAUACAACUCUCAAGUUCAGCAGAUGCAACGAGGGGAAAUUUCUAAUAAGAAUUGUGGAGUUAAACGGUUAAGUUGUUUAACUGAAUUGCCUUAUUAUCAUCCUGCUUCAAAUGAUUCUGCAGACAUAAUGCAUGAUAUUUUUAAAGGAGUUAUUCCGUGUGAAGUUAAAGUUUAUGGAUUAUGGUAUUGUCUGCAGCUCAAAACCUGUACUAUUAAUGAGUCACAUAUGAAAAGUACUGACUCUUUACUAGGUCAACACUCUGCUCAGAUGCUUACACUGUUUAUGUAUUUGCCACUUAUUUUGUCUGAUGUUAUUGAUAAAGUAGAUCCACAAAAGUGGAAACUUUACCAAAUCUUAAAACAUUUGUGUGAUGUAAUUUUAUCUCCUAAUUUAAAUUCUUUACAAAUCACAUAUAUCGAGGAACUAGUAAUGGAACAUCAUUCAUUGAUGAAAGAAUGUUAUCCUGAGAAAACACUUCUUUAUAAGCAUCACAGAAUGAUUCAUUAUGGAACUAUUAUACAACGAAGUGGACCUCUUCUUCACAUGAUUGUUAUAAGGUUUGAAGCUAAGCAUAAUUUUUCAAAAAGAUUAGCUCAUAUUGUUUGCAAUUUUCAGAACAUUUCUUUUUCAAUUGCAAAGAGACAUCAAAUUGCUCAUGCCUUAGCUUGGAUGACUCAUGGUCCCCUAAAAACCAUUGCUGAUGUAAAAAAUGGUGAAGUAUUUUUAGUUUCAGAAUUAGAGGGCAAAAAUCUUAUUAUUCCUUUUAUUGGUGAAGAAAGUGAAGUUUUAGCUGUUGAUUGUGUUACCGAAUUGGGUCAGAAAUACAGAUCAUGUGAAACAGUUCUUUAUGAUUUUAAUAGUGAUGGUGAACCAAGUUUUGUUCACAUUGACCAGGUUUUUGUUCAUAGUGAAGUUGUGUAUUUUUUCACUACAAAGUGGGUUGUCCACAAAUACUGCAAUCUAUCUUUAUCUUACUGUUGUUCACUUGAUAACCAAAAACUAUGUAUAAGAAUAUGUGACAUAAUAGAUUACAAACCUCUUAAUGCAGUGCGUCGUUUGAAAAUAAAUUGCGAAUAAUCCACAGAUUAUGUGCAGAAAGAUUGUUCACAAACUGAUUUCACAAUUGCAAAUAAUCAUGUUUCAUUUAAUCAGACUAGCUCUGUAUCAAAUUCCAAUCCCUUUUCAGAUUCAACAUAUUCAUGUGAUAGAAAUGUUUUUCAUACUCCGUGUCCAGUACUUCGAACAGACGAUGUCAAAUUUGAUGUUCGUAAAUUGCUUGAUAAGCAUCAGACAGGUAAACUUGUCAUUGUUGAAUAUGAGACAACGGGAAUGUUACUUAAGUACAGAUUUGAAAUGGUUCAUAUUCUUGUUAACAUUAUGGUGAAUAAAGUUGGAAACAUGUAAGUCAUUUUAUGUGAUUUUACAGUUCGUUCUGAAUAUCCUUUUAUUUCUAAAUAUUUUUAUGCAUAGUUAAGUUGGUGAAUCAUGGUAACCAUCAAUGGUAACCAGGUAUCCAUUAAGAGCAGCAAAAACAAAUCUUGCAAUGUCAAUCAUAAAUGCUUUUCCUAAACUACACUCUGGUGGACCUCUAGGAUAUGAAAAUUACUAUUGCGCUUAUAAGGAAGUUGAAGUAAAUGGCAAAAAAAAGAAAAUAACACCUCAUGGACAUAUUAAGGAGCGGCUGAAAACAAUAAGGAAGUUUGACGGUGUCCAUGCUCAAGCUACUCGUAAACGAAAAUCCAUUUCCCCAACAACUUUUGAUGUUGCAGUUCCUUUUUCAAAUGAAGAACGAAACAUUAUAAGUGAGUUGUCAUUUGUUGACAUUCAGUAUGAUCGAAAACAAUUUAUUCUUGAAAAAACUAGAGUAUCAUGAAGAAACUGGAUUAAGUCAUCAAAACCGCCUUUUCAUCAGUUUAUUCGGAAAUUUCCUUCAUUUAAAGAUUUAGGAUUUGAUUUUCAGAGAGAGUUUACAGCAACAUUUGAAAGUGCUCAAGAUUUGCUUAUGCAAUGGGAGGAUAUGGCUCCUCAUGUUAUUACUUGGGCUCGCAGAAAGGUGAAUCCAAUGGUAAAGCAGCUACUUUUAGAGCUUGACAGCCAGCUAAUACCUUCAAAUGAUCGAAAUAUGGAAUUUGCACUUUACUUGCUUCCGUACAUUCUUCAAGUGCCUCCUAGAAAUAAGGAUCAACCGUCUACAGCUGAAGUUGCAGCUCACUUUAUUCAAAUCUUUCCUGACACUACACCUAUGGAAACUAUAAUUGAUGCAAAUAGACACACUUCUUUCAUGCAUCUAUUUGUUAUUACACUAGGGGCUUGAGGCAACUUGAUUCAGUCAUUUAUUUUUAUAGAAGACAAUGUUGUUCCAAUUAGAAAUGCCAUGUUAAGUGCAGUAGACCGUUUACUGAAACUAUACUUCGUUAUCGAUAUUGAAUAUGCGCCAGAAUGUGGACAUGUUUUACAUUUUUUACAACGUGUAGUUAUGGAUAUUAAUGACGAUUUGCCGUUGUCAAGAGGUGGCAGUGAUCUGUCAUUGUUUGUUAAUGAAAAAUUAAGAAAUGGAUAAACUUUUAAAUGUUUUUAUUUUAAUGGAUACCACUAUAUUUUUUAUUUUGUAAUUUAUAUUGAAUUUGUGAUGUGUACAUAUAUGUGGCUAAGUGUACCAAUACGGCUAGUUAGCCAUAUUGGUAUAAACAAUAAAAUAACAGUUACCUAGUAUAACAGUUACUUAUAAUUGUUUGGAAAUGUUUAUUUUAUCUUACUCAAAGUAUUUACUUUUAGACUGGAAGUAUUUUCAUUUAAACAAACACUUAUGUU